GUAACAAAGAUGGCGCGAUCUACAAAGCAAAUAUAACGAUCUCUUUGUUGUAUUAUUGUAUAAAUAUAUAUUUUUAUAUUUAAUUAGUAUUUCAUACAAAAGAGUUAAUUUAUAAACGUUUUUUCAACUCAAUUAUUUCUUUUUUUAAAUAUGUGUUCGAUCGUACAUCGUUGCACUCUUCAUAUCGUGCGUCAAUAUAGCAGAUAUUUUCGAUCAAAUAUCGAAAACUUCUAAUAAUUGUCGUUACUACGGAGAUAGAGGAAAUACAGCAAGUUAAUUUUGUUGUUCGAUUUGAUUAAUUCGUUGUUAAUUGAAUGUGUGCGAUUAUUCUACGAAAGUAAUAAAAUUGUUGUAUAAAUAAACUACUCUUUUAAGUUUUAUAAUAGCUACACAACUUUUCUUAUCACGUGAAUGAUAUAUCGUAAAAUAAACGUAAUGUCUUUUAUUAUAUCUUUUAUUACGACACUGUCACGUGUCAGUAGUUACAUUCGAGAAGUUAAUUUUAUUUUCUAGUAAUAAUAUCUUUUUCAAAUUUUAUUUAAAUUGUAAUAUUUAUUUAUCAUACGCAAAAAAAUGGAGCAUUAUUUGUAUUUCGAUUUAUAAUUUAACCUACAAAUUGUAAUCUGGACAAUGAUUUCUUUUGUUACUACAAAUCCUAUAUUCAUUAUGAGAUUUAACUCUCAUUGAAAAAUGAAACUGAACAUUGUGAGAGGAGCCGGAUGGCUCUAUAAAGUAAACGCUAUAAAAGAACAAUUAUUUUCAUCGAAAAAUUUAUUAUACACCAAUGUAGCCAUAUCAAUCUCUCUUUCAGCUGUAGGAGAUAUCAUAGAACAACACUAUGAAAUAAUAAAGGGUGAAUGGGAAAAAUGGAGUCCAAGCAGAACAAGGAAUAUGGCCGUGAGUGGCAUGUCCAUUGGUAUAGUUUGCCAUUAUUGGUACAGAUACUUGGAUUCCAAGUUAUCUGGACGCACUAGUAAAAUUGUACUGAAAAAAGUAUAAAGGCCACAUAAGAAUGUAUUUCUUCGCACUCAGAUACUGAAUAGCAUAAUAUUGUAAAAGUAGUGUAAGCUACUAAAGAAAUCAGUGCCAAUACUGAGGAUAAUGCUGUUCCUGGUAUAUGAUCUAUUCUUUGUAAAGCUACAAGAGCAGCACCAAAUGUAACACCCCAUACAACACUAUAUCUAUCGACUCGCCAUCUCGACCACCAUUCUCGUAUAUCAUCGUCAGUCGUAACGAAUAAUGCUUUCCAAGGUCGUGUAACAAAUACUUUCUCAAAAAACACCUAAAUUUACAAUAGUAAUUAUAUAUAAGGAAUAUCUCUUUAAUAAUAUAUUGUAUAAUUAAAUUUAAAUUAAUCAUAUAAAACUUUUAAAGUAAAAUGCAUUCUUACCUCUGACAUAUAUAAUACGGUAAUUAUUGAUACUAAACCCAAUAAUUUUAAGGCAAGAUAAAGUAAUGUUCUUGGACCAUAUUCGGCCAAACUUCCAGAAUAUACUCUAGGAGGUAGCCAUGCCAAAAAAUAAAUAACCAAAAACCAAAAUGAAACCAAUGGUACAAAAUGAUAAAAUUGAUAAGGUCUAUUCAUACAUAGACAUAAUGUUACAGUUAAUAAAUUAUAUCUGAACAUGACCUGAAAAAAAAAAAAAAGAAAAUAAAUAAAUAAUCAGUGUCAGAAAUUAUUUUCUUUGAUAUAUAUAUAAUGAAUAAUGUAUAUAAUAUAGAUUAUAAUUAAAAGUAUUUAUUUACCUUGGCAAAUCUGAUGAGAGAAACAUCACCCGUUUGCCAAAAAUAACAAAAAUGUCCAUAUCCAGAAAGAAAUAAAUAUGCAGAAUUAAUUAAUCUUAAGUACAUAUAAAUUGGUAAAACGUUUUUGGCACCAGUAACAUGAUAUAUAAGCACUACUGCUUGCAUUAAACCUCUCCAUUCAUCUGUUUGCUCCCUAUUUAAUGCAUUUGGUCCCCUUUCACAAUGCUCGGUAAAAAAUAAUCCAAGAGCUAAGAUAUAUCCAAGAGGGAGCCAAAAGCUAAAUUCACUGUAGUAUUUAUUCUCCUUCAUGAAGAAAUUUGUUCUGAAUAUAAUGUAAAAAAAGAAAAUAAAAGAGAACAGGUUUAAAAUUAAGUUUAAAUAAAAACAUUAUAUAAUUAUAAAUAUACCUGUCACACAAAUAAAAGUAUGCUAAUAUAAUAGAUAAAAUAGCCAAAGAUGUGCUUAAGCUAUAAAAGUCUUGCACUUGAGGUUGCUCUAUUUGUACAACAUCAGAAGAUUCUGUUUGUUCCGUAUCUUUGGUUUCUUCUGUAUCUACACUAAUGUAUGAAACUUCUGAUCGAUGUUGGCAGAAUCUUCUGUACAACCAAACACUCCCACCAAUUAUUAUACUAUAACAGAUUUUAAGUUAUA